UAUAUAUAUAUAUGGAAAAAGUCAAGGGGUCUGAAUACUUUCCGAUGGCACUGUAUAUCAUAACUGUUCUUAUUCAAAUAGGUUUAUAAAUGACUGAUUUGUGAUAUCGUAGCCCCUCUAAGGACUAUGUUGAUACUCAUAUAUUGAUUUACUGGGCACCUCUGCUGGACAACAGAGGGAGUGCAACUUCUACCAUAAAGCUACUGUACAUUUGUCAAUUUAGCGAAUUGACAAAGUAUUACACUAUUUCAUCAUACCAAAUUAAAAUUGGGAUUUUUUUAUGUUGAUAUUUGUAUUUUAUUUUCAUGACUCCUAGUUGGUUAUUGCCUUCUUUCCGUUCUAUCUCUCCCCUAACUUGUAUGAUGUACUAUGGUUGUGUAUAAAAACAGAUUAUCAAUGGCAAUGUGUGCAAAAUAGCUACAAAAUAUACCAUUCCUUUAGAAGUACCCUGCUAGUUCCCAAAAGUUACGCAGCAUAAAGUGUUUGGCUUUUGUUUUCCUGACAGACGCUGGGGUUCCUGCGGUUCCUGGAUUUAACUCUGCUGCUGCAAUAAAACAGACCUUGUCCGCUCAUCUGACGCUCAACACAGAUGGACCAGCAGGCCCAGUCCUAUAUGCUUGCCAGUCUGACGCGGCCCCACUCUGAGCAGCUGUUGCAAGGCCUCCAGCUGUUGCGGCAGGACCAUGAGCUGUGCGACAUUGUGCUGCGCGUGGGUGAAUGCAAGAUCCAUGCCCACAAAGUGGUGCUGGCGAGCAUCAGCCCCUACUUCAAGGCCAUGUUCACGGGCAACCUGUCAGAGAAGGAGACCUCCGAGGUGGAGUUCCAGUGCAUUGACGAGGCUGCGCUACAGGCAAUCGUUGAGUAUGCCUACACUGGCACGGUAUUCAUCUCACAGGAAAGAGUGGAGUCCCUACUGCCAGCUGCUAACCUGCUCCAGGUCAAGCUGGUGCUGAAGGAGUGCUGCUCCUUCUUAGAGAGUCAGCUAGAUGCUGGGAACUGUAUAGGCAUCUCACGCUUCGCUGAGACCUAUGGCUGCCAUGAUCUCUGCCUGGCUGCCACUAAAUUCAUCUGUCAGAAUUUUGAAGAGGUGUGCCAGACAGAGGAGUUUUUUGAGCUGACACGGGCAGAAUUGGAUGAAAUAGUGUCAAAUGACUGUCUGAAGGUGGUAACGGAAGAGACUGUGUUCUACGCCCUGGAGUCGUGGAUCAAGUACGAUGUGACUGAGCGGCAGAAGCACCUAGCUCAGCUACUGCACUGCGUCCGCUUGCCUUUCCUCAGCGUUAAGUUCCUCACCCGCCUCUACGAGGCCAACCACCUUAUCCGGGAUGAUCACGCCUGCAAGCACCUCCUCAACGAGGCCCUCAAAUACCAUUUCAUGCCUGAGCACCGGCUCUCCUACCAGACGGUGUUGUCCACAAGGCCACGCUGUGCUGCCAAAGUGCUCCUUGCUGUAGGAGGCAAGGCUGGCCUCUUUGCCACCCUCGAGAGCAUGGAAAUGUACUUCCCUCAAACGGAUUCAUGGAUUGGGCUUGCCCCUCUUAGUGUGCCCCGCUAUGAGUUUGGAGUGGCAGUGUUGGACCAGAAGGUGUAUGUGGUGGGUGGCAUCGCCACACACAUGCGACAGGGCAUUAGCUACCGGAGACAUGAGAGCACAGUGGAGAGCUGGGACCCUGACAGCAACACGUGGUCCACAGUGGAGCGCAUGGCAGAGUGUCGCAGCACCCUGGGGGUGGUGGUCUUGGCUGGGGAGCUCUAUGCCCUUGGGGGCUAUGAUGGCCAGUACUACCUACAGUCUGUAGAAAAAUAUGUCCCCAAAGUGAAGGAGUGGCAGCCUGUGGCACCUAUGACCAAGUCACGCAGCUGCUUUGCCACGGCUGUGCUGGAUGGCAUGGUCUAUGCCAUUGGUGGCUAUGGCCCCGCCCAUAUGAACAGUGUGGAGCGGUACGACCCCAGCAAGGAUGCCUGGGAAAUGGUAGCCCCCAUGGCAGACAAACGGAUCAAUUUUGCCGUUGGUGUCAUGCUAGGGUUCAUAUUUGUGGUUGGGGGACACAACGGGGUAUCACAUCUGUCCAGCAUUGAGCGGUAUGACCCACACCAGAACCAGUGGACAGCCUGUCGGCCCAUGAAUGAACCACGCACAGGGGUUGGCUCCGCGAUCGUGGACAACUAUCUCUAUGUGGUGGGGGGUCACUCGGGAUCAUCCUACCUGAACACUGUACAGCGAUACGACCCCAUCACAGACAGCUGGCUGGACUCAAGCGGCAUGAUGUACUGCCGCUGUAACUUUGGCAUGACUGCUCUUUGACCCAUGGCACCCCUGGGUAGGACUCCUUAAGAAGAGAGAGAUGAGCCCGGCUGGCACCAGGGAACCACAGAUGGCCAGAGUGAAAGGGUCUUGGUGGAGGAGAGGAGCAGAUCACCAUGCAUCUUGUCACAGAGAAGAGAUGAUUGCUGCUGGACCACAAUGACAACUUUUCACAGGACUUUGGGUGAAAACUGUCACUUUUUUAAAUUGUAGACUUUUUUUUGUGUUCAUUUGUUUUUUUUCUGCUAUGAGCAGAACAUGUUCCAGUUUUUUUUUCUUUUCUAGAUCUUUAAAGUAUGUGUGUGGCGCAGAGUGUCUGUAUGCUUGUGAGUAGACGCAUGAUUGUUCUUCUGUGUCUGUGUGCAGGACUAAAGCUCAGGCAAGGUGAUCGGCUCACAGUUUGAAAUGUCUGCAUCUAAAUCAGUGCUUCACAAAGAGAGAUCUGAAUAUUUAUAUUCACUUAAAGGGCUGCCUUUUUUUUUUCUCUGUAAAUAAUUUAAAUUAAAAGAAAUGUAUAGAUAUUAAUAUCCUCUAGUGCAUUGCCUGUAAAUGUUUUUUUUGCACUGGGUUACUAGUUAUGGUAUGUGUGUAUACAUGUAUUUGAUUCAAGGGUUGAAGAAGAGGUUGUGAAGGAUUAACAAACCCCACUGAAUUCUCUUGAGUAUUUGCCACCUGUCUUUCAUCCUCGGAGCAAUUGCUAAAUCCCCAUCUUACGGCUUCUGUUACAUCUUCCUGAGGUAGGGUCACACUUCAUCCCUCUUCAUAAGUAUUGAAAAGUUAUCCUGUCCAGCUUUUCACUGCUGGGUUUGUACACAAUACUAACUGGUGCUAUUAGGAUUCAGGAUUCAGCUGUUGUCUGUGUUGCCUCAUUGUAUCAGGUGUCUUUUAUUUGUUUUUCUGUGUUGUUGUAGAUGUUGGUUGUGCAUCAAAAUGCCCCCAUGCUAUAAAGCAGUGUCUUGCUAGAAGGCAAGCUUGUGACUGGAAUACCUCAACCACCAGUCUUUACUUUGAGCGCCAUUUUUAAAUUGGACUCGUUAGGUACCGUCUAUGGAUACAUUUAUGAUCUGACGCUUUCUCUCUUGAGCCCCACGGCUGUCAUCCGUUUAGCGAUAGUUUGUCUGAAACAUUGUCCCUGCAUUAAGUAGUGGAUCUGGCUGUAUGGCUCACUGCCAAUUUCCUUACAAAGAAAGUCUGAGAUUGUUGGUCUCUAAUGGGUUAGGAAGAAGCCUAGCGGUUAAGAGCGUUGGGCCAGUAACCGAAUGGUCGCUGGUUUGAAUCCUUGAGCCGACUAGGGGAAAAAUCUCUGUGCCCUUGAGUAAGGCACUUAACCCUAAUUGCUCCUGCAAGUCGUUCUGGAUAAGAGUGUCUGCUAAAUGCCUAAAAUGUAAUGACCCCUACACCCCCUUUCUCUGCUUGCUUGCUCUGAUGAAGCAUGUGUGAGAAGCCACAUGUGGCCAAGGUCUUCCUGAGGAGCUCAGGCAAGAGUGGAUAUACACAGCCUUGUGAAGUGCCAAAAGAUGACCUUCUUUCACAAGUCUGGUGUAACUUUCUCCUGUGUGCCAGACUCAAAAGGGUUAUUUUCACUGCUAAUGCAUAGUACGUGUGACAUUGUCAUAUGGAUGGGGUGGAUAUGGAGCAGUAAGGGCAGUGUUCUAUGUCAAGCAAAAUUGUCACUGUCACAAACUAUUUGGACCUCGGAGCGAGACAUGGCAGACAGACAAGGGCAUGGAGACAUGACUGAGCUCAAAGCGCUCGCCUGGGUUAGAUGGCUGCAGGCCGAGUCUGGGUGUUGUAGCCUUGGGCCACGCUGAAGGACAGGUAACACGAGGCUACAGAUAGAGAAAAUCAAUCCCUGUUGUUGGUUCAGAGUGUAAGAGCAGUUUCCUUGUAUUGUACAUUUUAUAGAUGUUUGCACAUGAGGAAAACUUAAAGGGAGCUCUGCAUUGCACUUACCAAACUUAUGAUGAGUAGUGCAACUUCAAUUUGUACAUGGGUCUCAAUUUAGGUUCAUGGAAUUUAAACAAUGCAAUACAUUUGUGGAUACAAUUAUUUUUGCUUUGAAUUUAGCCUCAAAGGUCAAGGCGUUUCAUAUUGCUGUGACGUUAUCACACGUUUUAUAUUGUCUGAAAGACCACCACCGUUCAAACCUUUUUGUCUCUGUUUUCCCCAUCCCACUUUGCAUUGUGUGCUCUCAUCUUUGAAGAGCUAUUAACAAUGUUGUGCAAGUCAGUUCACAUGUACUGGGGAAAGUUUGCAGACAAUCAAAUGGAUUGUAAUUCCAGUAAAAGUCCCAGUUUGCAUGUAAUGUAAGAUUGGCACAAGACUGACUGUAUAGGUCUUGCUCUAAGCCACAGGUGUCAAACUCAUUCCACGGGGGGCCGAGUGUCUGCGGGUUUUCGCUCCUCCCUUACACUUGAUUGAUGAAUUAACAUCACUAAUUAGUUAGGAACUCCCCACACCUGGUUGUCUAGGGCUUUAUUGAAAGGAAAAACCAAAAACCUGCAGACACUAGGCCCUCCGUGGAAUGAGUUUGACACCCCUGCUCUAAGCCAUCUGAUCUAGUCUCUCACCAGAGAGCAGCCUUGCAGUUACAGUGCUGCAGUGUUGUGUUCCAUUUACACACUUGUCAAUUGUGAUUACCUAUACUCUUCAGCUCUUACCCUCUAAACGUUACCUUGGACAUAACAAAUUAAGAUCAAGGGAAGGCCCCCCCCCCC